AUGGAGCUGGCCAAGGUCCUCCUCGAGCACGGCCACGCCGUCACCGUGGUAUUCAUCGACCACCCAAGCAAACCUCCCGGCCUCGCCGCGGCCGUCGACCACGUCGUCUCCUCCCAGCCCUCCGUCUCCUUCCUCUGCUCCCUCCCUCUCCGGCGCGUGCACGCCCUCGUCAUCGACGUGUUCUCCUUCGACGCCCUCGACGUCGACGGCGAGCUCGGCGUGCCGACCUACGCCUUCUACCCCGCCGGCGCUGCCGCUCUCGCCGUCUACCUCCAGCUCCCUUACAUGGCCACUAACAUCCCAACAAGCUUUGGAGAGCUUGGGGACACUCCCCUCGAGUUCUUCGGGGUCCCUCCCAUCCCGGCGUCUCACCUCAGCAGGGAGAUGCGCGAGCGCCUGGAGAGCGACGUCUACAACGCCGCUUUGAGCAGGUGGGCUCGACUGCCGGACGACACCGACGGCAUCCUCGUGGACACGUUCGAGUCGUUGGAGCCGCGGGCGGCUCGAGCUCUCAGCGACCCGGGCUUCCCCGCCGGCGGCCGGGCUGUGCCUCCCGUGUUCUGCGUCGGCGUGGUGUACCUCUGCUUCGGCAGCGCCGGCGUCCACCGCGAGGAGCAGCUCCUGGAGAUCGCCACCGGCCUGGAGGUGUCCGGGCAGAGGUUCCUGCGGUCGUUCAAGCCCCAAAGAACCAGGCGACCAACGGCGGUCGCGGCGGGCGUGCCGACGCUGUGCUGGCCGAUGUACGCGGAGCAGAAGAUGAACAAGGUGUUCGUGGCACAGGAGAUGGGAAUCGGCGUGGAGGUGCUCGGCUGA